UGCGCACGCGUAGUGGUAACAGCCGUAGAGGAGGUGUUGUGAUAAUCUGUCAUUAGGUGUGGUUUAUUUAGUUUGCUGAAUUUAUAAAUUAAAAUAACAAAUUACAUCCACUGAAUCCCUCGUGAAAAUGACCGGAAGACUCCCAGCUUGUGUUAUAGAUGUGGGCACCGGUUACACGAAACUGGGGUUUGCGGGCAACAAGGAGCCCCAAUUCAUAAUACCAUCCGCAAUAGCCAUAAAAGAGUCCGCGAAGGUUGGCGAUCAAUCUUCCCGCCGUUUGGGAAAAGGUGUGGAAGAUCUGGACUUUUUCAUCGGCGAUGCCGCCUUCGACGCCACCGGAUACUCUGUCAAGUACCCAGUCCGGCAUGGACUUGUUGAAGACUGGGAUUUGAUGGAAAAAUUCCUAGAACAAUGUAUUUUUAAAUAUUUGAGGGCUGAGCCAGAAGAUCACCAUUUCUUAUUGACGGAACCACCGCUAAACACACCCGAAAACCGGGAAUACACCGCCGAAAUUAUGUUUGAAUCAUUCAAUGUUCCUGGCCUGUACAUCGCUGUGCAAGCUGUUUUGGCUUUGGCUGCCAGUUGGGUAGGCCGAUCAAUUGAAGAGAGAACAUUAACUGGCAUUGUUAUUGACAGUGGAGAUGGUGUCACUCAUGUUAUACCAGUUGCAGAAGGCUAUGUCAUUGGAAGCUGCAUAAAACACAUUCCGAUCGCAGGCCGCAACAUCACCUACUUUAUCCAAUCAUUGCUGCGUGAACGUGAAAUAGGAAUCCCACCGGAACAGUCGCUGGAAACCGCAAAGGCGAUAAAAGAGCGUCACUGUUACAUAUGUCCGGAUAUCGCGAAGGAGUUCGCUAAAUAUGAUACUGAUCCAUCCAAGUGGAUGAAGAAAUAUGAUGGCGUGAAUUCGGUGACCAAACAACCGUUCAGCGUGGACGUUGGUUAUGAGAGGUUUUUAGGACCAGAAAUCUUCUUCCAUCCGGAAUUCGCCAAUCCAGAUUUCACUAUUCCUCUUUCUACAAUCGUCGAUGAUGUUAUUCAAAAUUGUCCCAUUGAUGUUAGGAGGCCAUUGUAUAAUAAUAUCGUUUUGUCUGGGGGUUCUACAAUGUUUAAGGACUUUGGCAGAAGGUUGGGAAGGGAUAUCAAGCACACGGUUAAUGCUAGGCUUAAAUUGAGUGAAACUUUGGGCGGGGGCAAACUUAAGCCUAAACCUAUUGAUGUCAAUGUUGUAACUCAUCAUAUGCAAAGAUACGCCGUUUGGUUUGGUGGCAGUAUGUUAGCGUCAACGCCGGAAUUUUAUACAGUUUGUCACACGAAAGCCGCAUAUGAAGAACAUGGUCCCAGUAUUUGCAGACAUAAUCCAGUAUUUGGUACAAUGACAUAAUUUUAUUGUAAAAUAGUUUUAUUAUAUUUUUUAUAUAUACCUAAAUGUUAAUUAUUGAGUCUAAUCAAAUUUAUAAUUUUAGAUAACUUCGAAUAAAUAACGCAUUUUUUUAACUUUUUUAUAUUAUACAGCAUUUAUCUUCAAGACAGAUUGUUACAAUAUUUCAUUUUAAAACAUUUGUUACCCUCAAAUUGAAAACGAAAUAAAUAAUUACACAUA